ACAAAUCCAGAUUUUCUUGUUAUAAAAAAAAGUUUUUAGUGAUUUUUGAGUAAUAAAAACGCAUCUCCUGGCCAAACAAUCUAUCAGAAAAUGAUCUUGAGAAGAUUUUCUUCAACUUCCACCAAACCAUUCUUUGUGUCAACUCCUAUAUUUUACGUAAAUGCAGCUCCUCACAUUGGUCACCUGUAUUCCGCUGUGAUUGCUGAUGCGAUAUUUCGCUUUGAAAACCUCUUGCGGCCUAAUCCGGGGAACAUUUUUACAACAGGAACUGAUGAACAUGGAACAAAGAUUCAGCAGGCUGCUGCCCAGAAUUCCAUCCCUGUUGAUGAGUACUGUACGGGGGUUUCCGGAAGGUACAGGGAUCUAUUCAAGGAGAUGGGGGUUAACUACACGGAUUUCAUAAGGACAACUGAACCACGUCACUUUUCCGCUGUGGGGAAAUUUUGGGGUGAACUCAGGAAGAGAGAUUUGAUUUAUUCAAAAAACUACUCAGGAUGGUACUGUGUGUCCGAUGAGACCUUCCUAACGGAUAGUCAGCUCCGAGAGGAUGAAAAGGGUGGGAAAUUCUCCCUGGAAUCUGGUCAUCCAGCUGAGUGGACUGAAGAGCUGAAUUACAUGUUCAAAUUGGGCAUGUUCCAGCAGGAAGUCAUCAGAUGGGCCUCGCGGGAAGGCUCCGUUCGCCCUAAGAAAUUUCAGAAAAUCCUCCUAGACAACCUGGAAGAACCUCUGCCAGAUAUUUCUGUAUCAAGACCAGCUUCUCGCGUUCAUUGGGCUAUUCCCGUUCCCGAUGAUCCCUCCCAGACGGUCUACGUGUGGUUGGAUGCUCUUGUGAACUAUCUCACCUGCUCCGGGUAUCCGGAUGACAUGAAAAUGUGGCCACCGAGUGUUCAGGUGAUUGGGAAGGAUAUUCUAAAGUUCCACGGAAUCUACUGGCCGGCAUUUCUCAUUGCGAACGACAUGGAACCUCCUGGGAGUCUCUUUGUUCAUUCCCAUUGGACUGUUGAUGGGCAGAAGAUGUCCAAGAGUCGGGGAAAUGUUGUAGAUCCAUCUGACAGGGCAUCAACCUACACAUCUGAGGGCCUGCGGUACUUCCUUCUCCGCGAAGGAGUUGCCCACAGUGAUGGAAACUACAGCGAUGUGAAGAUCUUCCGUUUUCUCAACGCUGAACUGGCUGAUACUCUGGGGAAUCUCCUCUCCAGAUGCUGCGCAAAAUCCUUGAAUCCUCAACAAAUUAGGCCAGCAUUUGACCCAGAAAUAUUCCAGGAAUUGCUCAAAUUGGAUGCAACGAAGAAAUUGAUUGAUUCCCUGGAAGUUUUGCCCGGGAAAUGCUUAGCUCACUACCAAGAGAACAAUUUCUAUCUCGUGGUAGACACUGUCAUGGCUGCCCUUCAUGCGGGGAAUAACUUUUUCGAAACAACGCGUCCCUGGGAGCUCAAAAAGGGUACAGAAGAGCAAAUAAAGCGUCUUGAGGCAAUCAUUUGCCUCACAAUGGAAACUCUGAGGAUUUGUGGGAUUAUCCUGCAGCCAAUUGUCCCAAAAUUGACAGGACAAUUGCUGGAUAAACUUGCAAUUGGACAGAGACAGUGGAAGGAUUGUGAGGAUUUCUUGUGGAAGAGCACAGGAAGGAAUCAGGAAAAUCUUUCUUCGGCUUCUUCGGUGCUUUUCCGGAGGCUUCAGCUGGAAAAGGGAGAGAAAGUAGCUUCUUCCCAAGGAAGGUAAGAGAUGAUGCAUUUUCAUAAAGUGGAAAUAUAGGAAAUUUUUGAAAAAAAAA